AUGGCGUCAAACUCCAUCAAGCUCCUGACUGGAAACAGUCACCCCGAGCUGGCGCAUGCCGUCGCAAGAAGGCUAGGUAUCGAGCUCGUCAAGAUCAUGGUUUUGCAAUAUUCGAACCAAGAGACCAGUGUCACCAUCGGCGAAUCGGUCAGAGAUGAGGAUGUCUUCAUCCUUCAAUCGACCCGGCCGAAUGACAUAAACGACGGCCUUAUGGAGCUCCUCAUCAUCUGCAACGCUUGCAAGACCGCCUCCGCCCGUCGGGUCACGGCGAUUCUCCCGAAUUUCCCCUACGCUCGACAAGACAAGAAGGACAAGUCGCGUGCUCCGAUCACGGCCAAACUCAUGGCAAACAUGCUCCAAACAGCGGGUUGCAACCAUGUCAUCACGAUGGACCUGCACGCUUCACAAAUCCAAGGCUUCUUCAACGUGCCCGUGGAUAAUCUCUACGCGGAGCCGAACAGUGUCAAAUGGAUUCGAGAAAAUCUCAUGCAUGCGAGCGAGUCAGGCGUGGAGAUGAAUGGACCCAGACAGGAGUGCGUCAUUGUAAGUCCCGACGCUGGGGGUGCAAAGAGAGCUACAUCCAUGGCCGACAAACUCGAUUUGCCCUUCGCUUUGAUCCACAAAGAACGAUCUCGACCAAAUGAAGUCUCACGCAUGACCCUGGUCGGUACGGUGAAAGACAAAGUUGCCAUUGUGGUGGACGAUAUGGCAGAUACCUGUGGCACGCUUGCAAAGGCCGCCGAUACGCUGAUCAAGCACGGUGCCAAGGAUGUUGUGGCGCUGGUCACCCACGGUAUCUUGUCGGGUAAAGCCGUCGAGACUCUGAGAAACUCGGCACUGAGUCGCUUGGUCAUGACAAACACUGUUCCGGUCAGUGAGGACAAGAUCGAAGGUCUCCGGGUGCCCGAAGGCCAGAAAGGGUGUAGGCUGGAGUUUAUUGACAUUGCGCCCGUUCUUGCCGAGGCCAUCAGACGGACUCAUAAUGGUGAAAGCGUGAGUUAUCUGUUCAACAACCCGGUGUCAUAG